CGGGUGUCUGUGCAGGAUUGAUAGUGGUUAUGUUGAACAAGCAGGUAAGAGGAAAAGAGGAAGAUCUUUAUUAAGUUACUUUACGGCAGAUUAUCUGCAAUUAGACGUCUAUCUUAAAUCUUAAAAGGUAAAUAGAUAGUUCACAUCUUUACACUUCCGCCUUCGCUGACCGUACCCCUCCCGCCCUGACGCGAACUAUCUUGACUGUCGACUACUUUGGCCGUUUUCUGCAGUGAUAUCACAACACUGCAACAUGAAGAAGACGCGCUCGUUUGACCGUCACCCGUCUCCAUCCCUGGGCCGGACACAGGUGCUGUAAACUGGGACAAGAGGACUAGGAUGGGGAAUAAGAGAAAGAGGAAGGAUGCCAGCUGAGCACCACAUCCCACUGCCUCUGCAUAUGUAGCCCAUAUCAGACUAAAAAAAAUAAAAGAAAAAAAAAAAAGAAAAUGGCUCAGUCAGUGAGGAGGCCGCCGUCCUUAGGAGCCAAGAACCACGAGCCCAAGAGGGACAAGAGCAGGAUCAGCUACUUUGGCAACGUCAAGAGCAGGAUGGGCUCUAAACUGCCCCCUGGUGUCUCUCAGCCUCCACACUUUGCCAAACCACCGUGGGAGACUCAGCAUCAGGCUUGUGUCACAUUGGAGUCCACAGUGGGCACCCAGCGUUUGGACCCACCCACUGUGGGCCGGCCUCUCAACCACAUCCCACACAUCAGAAACCCUAAACUACGGCAGUACUACCUGCAGGGAACUUCAUGGGAUCUGAACACGACCACAGUGAGGCAAGAACCUAUAGCUGCUCGGUCAGAUGACAGCAUGAGCAACAGGGGUCUUAACAGGGAUACUUUGUUCGGGAUGUCCUCGCAGCUCAACAGUAACUCCCACAGUCAUUCCCACACCUCUGCCCUCAUUACUACGGAGCAGCUGCUCGUACCCAGAGGAAAAAACAAAACCGACAGUCGAGUUCCGUCUUCGCUGGAGCAGAAACAAGACUCAUGUCCUAAGGAGACAUCUGACAUGGACAGAAACGAUGUGGACGCACUGCCUGGUCCUCCACACUCCCCCUCACCAGAGGCAGAAUAUGACAAACUGCUGGAUGUGGACACAUUUCCACUGCCCGAUGGACAGCUCUGUCUACUGGCUCUGCCACCAGAGUGCUGUCAGGGUGAGGGGCCGGGGGCCGUGCCGUACCUCAAACUCUUCUGUCGCUACAUCACUGAUCGAAAGGGUGUAGUUUCUGGGAUCCUGUUGGUCACCUCCAAUAAGAUCUUCUUUGACCCGUGUAAGACUCUGGCUGUGGUGAAGGAACAUGGCUGUGAGGAAUAUCUCCUGUCCUGUUCUGUGGACAGUCUGGCAUCUGUCUCUUUCUUCUCCGACAUCUCACAGGUCCACUUCAGCACCUCCCAGCAGAGGAGAAAGGGAAAGAAAUUUCUUCAGAAACUUAGGACCACCAAAAUCCUGUCCAGAUAUCCAGACCACAAGGGGGAGUCCCCUCCUGCUCUGGUAUCUGCAACAUCCUUGGAUAUGUCCAGCCUGGCUUUGAGCCUGACCAAAGAGGUUUGUGGUCAUGAGGAGGAGGCAGAGGGCAGAGACAGAGCAGCAGCAGAGCGGGAGCUGGACCGCAGCCCACCAGAGCUGCUGUCAGAGGGGUCUGUAAGCGGCCUGGGCGUGGCUGUGCUGAGCAGCGCUGCCUCCUUCUGCUGCGGAGGUCAAGAGACGACAGGCAGAGUGAUGCAGCAAACUGAGGUCCAAGGGAAGUUGAACGUUAAGAGUCAAAGCACAGUUCCUCUUCGAUCAUCGUCAGGAAGUACAGGGAGUCUAAUGUUUGUACGUCUGCGGGCUCAGUCCUCCGCGGGCAAGAAACUGGGGUCAACUAAAACUUUACCACGAAGAGAUGCCUGGCUCGCACUCUCACAAGAGAGUGCUGAUGAACUGUGUUCCUACCUGACACACUAUCGCCCAGACCUGUGCAUACUUGAAGGAGAGAGGGAGGAGGAGGACGGUGUGACAGACCGUGUCGAAGAGGAGUUUGUAUUGAUUGAAGGCAAGGAGGAGGAAGGAGAGGUGGAGGAGGAGGACGACGACAACGAUGAGGUGUUCCAGAGGCACCGUGGCCCAGGCGACGACUGGGAGAUGGUUUUGAUGGAAGAGAACGGAGAUAAAGCAGCGUUAGUCCUGGACAGAGACCCUGAAGGACUGUGUCAUAUAGUGGAGAAAAGCCAAAUAUUGGAGGCCUCACAUGUUAAAGAGUUGUCUAAGGAACUCCCCCCCAGGACAGUCAGCCGCACGUGGCAGCUGGUUUACAGUACGUCACGUCACGGCUCCAGUCUCAAGUCCCUCUACAGAAAACUAAGCGGAACGGACUCCCCUGUACUCAUAGUCAUCAAGGACGCGCUUGAUGAGGUAUUCGGAGCCUUUCUCUCUCAUCCUUUAAGGCCCAGUGAGACUUUCUACGGUACAGGGGAAACCUUUCUCUUCAUGUUGCAUCCUCGUUUCAAGUGUUUCAAAUGGACAGGAGAAAACUCCUUCUUUAUCAAAGGAGACUUGGACUCUUUUGCCAUUGGUGGAGGCAGUGGUCACUUUGGUCUGUGGCUGGAUGAGAACUUGUAUCUUGGCCGCAGCAGCCCCUGCUACACCUUCAACAACUGCUGUCUGUCAGAAACCGACGACUUCCGUGUCAUGGAGCUGGAGAUAUGGACGUUCAACUGACGGAGCAGAGUGGACACUAAACUUCUUCUUUCCUCCAGUCCACGCGUCGCUGCUGAUGAGCUCCAUCCAUCUCCACUAUAUUUAUCAGUAGACCAAAACUAAGGCAGCAGCUUGCUUACUUCAUGGUAGUAUCUGUGUUUGAAACGAUAUCAACAAACUGUCUGAUGGAUGUGUCCAUGUGGACCAUCAUUAACCAGAGAGACCACAGCAGAUUGGGACGUUAACUUCCUAAUGUCUGACUUGUUCCUGUGGAGCGCGUAAGCUGACAAACCAGAGAAGAACUGGUUUGUUGGAAACAGGGGCGAAUUACAAGUCUCAGUAACUGCACAUUGUUCUAAAUGUAAAUAGGUGACUGUGAGACUUCAUCAGUUCUAGGGUAAAUAUGACUUUCCAGCUGCUUUUAUCAUGCAGUACAUCCUCAACUUCGGCAGAAUAUAAACAGACUUUAGAGCAGACAGGUGUACAGUCCUAGUUCACUCUUCUCUUCUUUCAAAGGAUUCUCCCCAUAUAAAGUGCAUAUAAACCAUAGUAGUCACAGUACUUUAAAGGCGCCUCUGUACUUGCAGUGAAUCCUGGCAACGUCUUUCACCACUGUACCUGACUCUACUUUUCUGGAAGUGAUGACCCACAUACCACUGUGUCUGCACAUCUGCUAUCACUCUGAUCUACACUACGGUUGCUGUGCAGUGUGGUACUAUAGAUUAGCAAAAUAAAAAUCAGCACAAUGUCAGAGUUGUAUGGAAA